AAUAUUUGUAUUACUUUUAGUAAAAAAAAACUUCAAUAAUGAAGAUGAAUUUGGGGACAAGGGAAUAUAUAUUAUAUAUUAUAAUAAUAAUAUAAUUGCAUAAAAGAAAGAGUGGCGUUAUAAUUCAGCAAAGAUCCAAUAGAAUUUUGGUCGAGGACUGCACAUUAGGACAGUAGCCCACGCGGAAAAGUUGUGGAGGCAUCGGCGAAAAAAUGGAUCCCGACGGAGUGGCGAAAGCGUUCGUGGAUCACUACUACUCCACUUUCGACAACAACCGGGCGGGGCUGGCUAACCUCUACCAAGACUCUUCCAUGUUGACUUUCGAGGGUCAAAAGAUUCAGGGCUCCAACAAUAUCGUCGCCAAGCUCACCAGCUUGCCUUUCCAGCAGUGCCAACACCUUAUCUCCACCGUCGAUUGCCAGCCCUCCGGUCCCGCCGGCGGUAUGCUCGUUUUUGUCAGCGGUAAUCUUCAGCUCGUCGGUGAAUCUCACGCCCUUAAGUUUAGCCAGAUGUUCCAUUUGAUGCCAACUCCACAAGGAAGUUUCUAUGUGUUCAAUGACAUUUUCCGCCUGAACUAUGCCUGAGGAAAGUGAUAGGAUAAAACUGUAAUUUUCAUGUGAUGUCUACUGUUGUUGCUGGAGUGUGUGUUUUAGAAUUCCAACAUGGUGUUUGAAAGUCAGAUUUGUUCAGAAGAAUGAGUAGUAUUGAUUGAGUAUAAACUCUGUUUCUCUCCCUCAUUUGGUUGAUUUUGUUUACGCGAUUCCAAAUGUUUCAAUUAUUUGAACAGUUGUACAUUGGUUUCGGAUGAAAUGGUGAACACAACACUGCCAAGGCUUCAAAUGGUAAAGUUUUGGAGAAUCUGAUGGAUAGAAUGUUUAAAGAUUGAUGGUAACCUAUAGUUGGCAUAUGCGUGCUACAGUUUGUCCCAUAAUGCCCGGGAGCCGAGAUCUUCUUCUAACUUCUUCCUUGUUCGUUUGGGCACUUGUAGUUGAAAUGGGGAAAAAAUAAGAGCCAUAUUUGACCAGUCGGCUUCCUUAAUUUACUCUAAGGAAACGAUACGGUCCCGUCUUUUAGUUGAGCGGCAGGGCUGAGUUUGGUAAUUCCCAUAGGCCAUAGCUUUGGGCUCUACUUGGGCUCAAUUUCGAAGACGCACCACCGUUAGAGACAAAGACAAUAUUAUAAAUUUAUGAUGAUGAGUAGUUGCUACAUCAACAAAAAAAAAAAAAUAAUAAAUAAAAAUUAGAGUUUGAAAAUAUAUCUAAAUACUUACCAAAGGGAGCUCUGGGGUUCGAUUUCGGAAUGAUAAUGACUGAGGACCGUGAAUUCAAUUCAAACAAUAAUAAGUGUCAACAAUAAAAUUUGGUGAUGUGUUCACUGAGUAUGAAUGUAUGAGUAGUCUAUGUAAUGUAACUCGAAGAAUUUGCUUUUGAAACUAGAAUCUUUACCAGAUGGCGAUAUUAUAACUUGCAAACAUAGAAGGAUGAUGUUACGAGUGGAAGACCUACAAAGUAAAGAGUAAGAAGUAAUGAGAAGAAGGAAAAAAAUGAAAAAGUAAAGAGGGAAGUGCGACUAAUUUGGGGAGGAAAAAAGAAUCUGAAGAUUGUGGUAUAGCUAAGGAAAGGAAACAGAGGUAAUUAAAAACUUGCGAAGUGUGAAUUGGAAUCGGAAUAGCUUCGUUAAGGAAAACAAGCAAACCGUCCGUUGGCCUUUUUGGAAAUGGUACGGGUUAUCUUCAUUUGUAAAUAAAGACUAUCUCGUCUCCCAACCCAAACCCACUGGAAAUAGGAUUUAAGCGCUCCCAAAGUCUGAGUGUUGGAAAAACCCAACAUCUUUGUUCCUCCAUAACUUCUUUCCCCCCGUUUUAAUCGAUCAUUAUUACAGAUUAAUAGAGAGCAGAGAGAGAAAGAGAAACACACUCUUGUAGGAAGCAAAAGUAGUUUGGGAGGGAGACAAAAAUGGCUGACUGGGGUCCGGUAUUCAUAGCACUGGUUCUGUUCAUUCUGUUAACCCCGGGUCUGCUGAUUCAGAUCCCGGGUCACAACCGGAUCGUGGAGUUUGGUACACUCAAGACCAGUGGGGCCUCCAUUGUGGUGCAUUCCAUCCUCUACUUCGCACUCAUCUGCAUCUUCGUGUUGGCCAUCGGCGUCCAUGUUUACUUGGGUUAGCCCGCCCCAAUCUGCUUCCCUGGCUGUUUCUUUUUUUUUUUUUUUUUUUCAUUUUGUUUAUGGACAGAUGGGAUUUGUAACUGUAAGACACGGAUUUCAUCUGGCGUUGCUCUGAGUUUUGGUUCUCUUGUUCCCCCAAUUCAUUCAAUUAUUUACAUACAUAUAUGCGCUUCCUUUUUCGUUUUUUUUUUUCUUUAAUUUUUUCCCCUAAGAAUAUAUAUAUCUUUGUGGGAGAUUGUUUCGUACUAUCAAAAU